CCGUGCUGUAGUCUGGAUUAGAGAGUGUGAGUUUGUGUGUGUGUGUUUAUGUGUGCGGGUUUCAUCACAUCUGAUUCUGAUCCUGAUCCUGAUCCUGAUUCUGAUCCUGAUUCUGAUUCUGAUCCUGAUUCUGUCCAAGUGUGUCCGUCUUUAUCUUUCCUCUGAAACACAGACGGAUCAGAGAGUGAGGCGGGUCCUCCUCCUCCUCCUCCUGGUCUGGAUUAAAGCCCAUCAGGAUCAUGCAUCAUCCCCCCUCCGCUCCUGUAAUCUGGGUUUUACCGAGCUGGAUUUAAAACUGAGAUCUGAUCUGGAUUACUCUGCUCCUGGUUCUGAUCGGGUCAAACCUGACCCGGUCUGAACCGGUUCUGGUUCUGCUGUGAUCUCAGACUCGGUCCUGGUCCUGUUUGUUUGAGGACUUCUGCUGACGUCAUGCCGACGUCACGGCCCGGGUCGGAGCCGGUGGAGUUCUGGGUGGACGGGUCGAGGCGGGACGGGACGGUGGAGGAGUUCUACACCCUGAGCUCCGAGCUGGGCAGAGGAGCGACGUCCAUCGUGUAUCGCUGUGAGGAGAAGCAGACCCAGAAACCCUACGCAAUCAAAGUGCUCAAGAAAACGAUCGACAAAAAAAUCGUCCGCACAGAAAUUGGCGUCCUGCUGCGUCUGUCCCAUCCGAACAUCAUUCAGCUGAAGGAAAUCUUUGAGACGGACACCGACAUCGCUUUAGUGCUGGAACUGGUGACAGGAGGAGAGCUGUUUGACAGAAUCGUGGAGCGUGGUUACUACAGCGAGAGAGACGCAGCUCACGUCAUCAAACAGAUCCUGGAGGCCGUGGCGUAUCUACACGAUAACGGCGUGGUGCACCGCGACCUGAAACCCGAGAACCUGCUGUACGCCGACCUGUCGCUGGACGCUCCGCUGAAGAUCGCCGACUUCGGUCUGUCCAAAAUCAUCGAUGACCAGGUGACCAUGAAGACGGUCUGUGGCACGCCGGGGUACUGCGCUCCAGAGAUACUGAGAGGAAACGCAUACGGCCCCGAAGUGGACAUGUGGUCAGUGGGAGUCAUCCUCUACAUCCUACUCUGUGGCUUCGAGCCCUUCUUCGACCCGAGGGGCGAUCAGUACAUGUACAGCCGCAUCCUCAACUGUGACUACGAGUUUGUGUCUCCAUGGUGGGACGACGUCUCGCUCAACGCCAAGGAUCUGGUCAGUAAGCUGAUUGUUCUGGACCCUCACAAGCGCCUCAGUGUGCGGGAGGCUCUGCAGCACCCGUGGGUACUCGGCAAGGCCGCCCGCUUCUCCCACAUGGACACCACCCAGAGGAAGCUGCAGGAGUUCAACGCUCGACGCAAACUAAAGGCCGCCAUGAAGGCCGUCGUCGCCACCAGUCGAAUGCAUGAAAGCUCACGGCGUCGCACGGACAGUUGCGAGAUCCCAGGGUCGGGGACUUCCAGGCAGAGCAGCAUGCAGCAGGACCCGCCCCCUGAAUCAUCAAGCCCCACCCCUUCAGACAAAGAGUCGGCGUCCCUGGAUCAGAAGACCCCACAGGAAGGAGAAUCAAAAACAGCCGAGCAGAGUGCACCAAGCCCGUCCCCUCCACGCAGCCCUAAACCACCCACCUCUGACAUCACGCCCACAGGCCCUGCCCCCAUCAGACCACCGCUGCGAGCAGACGGGCUUCGACAGGCAUCUGUAAUCCCCAAAACCAUGCCGGUCCAGCCCCGACUGCCGCAGAAGAGCUGCUCCGUGGUAGAGCCCGCCUCUAGAGUUGAGGCCACACCCACUCUAACCACGCCUCCAAGUCCCAACAGCCUCAUGAACGGCUUCACACCGGGGACGGGUCCACCCAGUAAGACCACCCACUGCCAGUGAUCACCUGGACAACCACAAAAAUCACGACUUUAUUCUUCUUCUAUCAUCGAUCAUUUAUUGGGACCAAAAACACAAAAACCUAAAAUACUCGUAACACUUAGCCUGAACUUCUGCUAAUUCUGUUAGUGCUGUUUGCUAACAUGCUAACAGCUGCAUACUCACUGAGGGCUUGUUCGAGGUAUCGGCAGCUUGAACAGUUUGAGCCGCUGGUAGGACCGAUAAAUAUCAGAAAUCACCAAGUGGUUAAACGAUGCCGCCAAUAAAGUAAUGAUUACGGUUAGAGUCGUCGCGACUCCAGAAGUUUCAACUUUGAUUCGCUUCAAGAAAAAAUCAAACGGUAUCGAUGUCUGUUUGAUUCCAAGGCAACAAAAAUUAAACAACAACAAACUAGAACUCCCCCCAAAUACAUCUGGUAAUGUCCAUACACUGUAAAUAUUAAUGUUUGAAGCCUUAGUGACGUCCCCCGUCUGUUCGUGCAGGGGGCGCUGGAGUCCCA